AUGAUUGAGCCACUAGCAGCCAAGGAAACAGAUGCAGACCUUUAUUUUUUUGUGAAGCUGGGGAGGGACACAAAUGCUAAUAAGGUUUUUGGCUUCAACUUUUGCACCUGCAAGUGUGAGCUGAAGCUAAUUGAUAAUCCUCCCAAGUAUGCAAACAUCCUGGGCCCCUGCGGAGCAGCACAAGCAGAGAAAGGAGAUUUUAAGAAACGGUUUCCAGAAAUGACCAAAGUCAUUAUGGGGGCAAUCCUGGAGCAGUCCUGGAGGAACAGCACCAAGAACCCUUCUCAAUGUCUUAUCCAUAGUCUUGACCACAUCGUGAUGACUGUGAAGAGUAUCAAUGAAACCAUCAAGUUUUAUUCCAAGAUACUGGGCAUGGAAGUUAUAACUUUUAAGGGAGAUCGGAAAGCAUUAUGUUUUGGAGACCAGAAAUUUAAUCUCCAUGAGGUGGGAAAGGAAUUUGAACCCAAAGCAGCUAAUCCAAUUCCUGGCUCCUUAGAUAUCUGUUUGAUCACAGAUGUACCUUUGGAGAAAGUGAUCCAGCAUCUCCAGGCUUGUGAUGUCCCCAUUGAGGAGGGCCCUGUCCCUAGAACAGGGACAAAAGGGCCCAUUAUGUCCAUCUACUUCCGGGACCCAGAUGGAAAUUUGAUUGAGGUGUCCAACUAUAUAUCCUGUGACUGA